AUGACGAACGAAGAAGGAUACAACAAACUCAUUGAAAUGGGAAUGGUCGGUGAAAAGAUGGGUCAAUUCAAAUUGGACAAAAUUUUCACCGAAGUUCAUGUCCUCUCCAAGCGUAAGUACUGGGGUGUUAAAGAAGAUGGUGAAAUAGUUAAACAUUGCAUGAAAUAA